AACACAGUAUUUCUUUGUUGUGAUCUUACGCAUUUUUGUGUGGUUGAAGGAAGGAGUUUCUAAAUGAAAGGUCAAAUUCAGGUACCAGUGAAGAAAUCAGGAGAUAAUCCACACUCAUGACAAUGGGACCAAAAUUUUCACCAAGUCCAUUCAUUCUACCAAGAGCAAGAACACUCUUCAUCUAAACUGUGUUUAAAACAAGAAUUUUAAUGGCCCACUGCCAGAAACUCUCCAGUUAAUGUGGAGAUUUUGCUUGUACUUGAAGAAACGUGUGGUUUAGACCUAUUGCUAAGUCUUGGAUGACAUUUAUUGUCCGAGAUGAAGUCCUGAAACAUUAAGAGACAUUAGGUUGUUUUGAAACUCUGCAUUAUUUUUUCUAAUAAUUUACAUCUCUGGGGUUGACCCCAGUGAAAUGCCAGAGGCCCAGGCGGACUCUCUCAGGACCAGCACCUCUUACCGACAAGUCACUUUGCUUGGCUCGAAGGCAGAUCGGGGCGUGCAGGCUGAUCCUGACAGACCUCCAUUGGCUCUGCAGGAUUACGGCAAUUUUACUCGCAAUUAUAAGUGCUGCUAUACCUGUCCGUGAGGGAGCUCUUCGGCAGCACCGCUCCGAGCCGAGCAGCCCUUCCCGCCGCCGGUCCCCGCUCCCCGUCGGCGCGGCGCGUUCGGGGCGGAGCGGCCCCGCUCCCGCGGCGGGGCGAGGGGGCGGCGGGCCCGGGGGAAGGAGGGGGCUGGCGUCAGGCGCCGGGCAGCCACUGGCACGGGAGCUCCCGCUCGCCUCGCCUCGCCUCCCGCGGCCGGGGGGAUAAAGGCACCUGGCGCGGCGCUCCGGGCCGCCGGAGGGGGAAAGGCGGGCGAGCGGAGGUGCGGGGGUCGGGCCGGGCCGGGCCCCACUCGCAGCCCGCUCCAUGCGCCUCGCCGGCGGAGCCGGCUCCCCCCGGGCUGUGCCCUUACCCGGGAAUGGCAGCCGGUGGCGGGCGGCGGAGCCGGGCGGCGGCAGCAGCCCCAGUCCCGAGGCGUGGUCGGGGUCGCCGAACGGCAGCUUGGGCGGCUGGGAUCCCUUCGGGCGGGACGAGGAGCUGGCGAAGCUGGAGAUCGCGGUGCUGGCGGUCACCUUCGCGGUGGCGGUGGUGGGGAACGGCAGCGUGCUGCUGGCCCUGCGGCGCACGCCGCGCAAGGCGUCCCGCAUGCACCUCUUCAUCCGCCACCUCAGCCUGGCCGACCUGGUGGUGGCCUUCUUCCAGGUGCUGCCCCAGCUCUGCUGGGAGGUGACUCACCGCUUCCACGGCCCCGACGGGCUCUGCCGCGUCGUCAAGCACCUGCAGGUCUUCGGCAUGUUCGCCUCGGCGUACAUGCUGGUGGCCAUGACCGCAGACCGCUACAUCGCCGUCUGUCACCCGCUGAAGACGCUGCAGCAGCCCACCAAGCGCUCGUACGGGAUGAUCGCGGCGGCCUGGGCGCUGAGCCUGCUGCUCAGCACCCCGCAGUACUUCAUCUUCUCCCUCAGCGAAGUGGAGCGAGGCUCGCAGGUCUACGACUGCUGGGCGCACUUCAUCAUGCCCUGGGGGCCCCGCGCCUACAUCACUUGGAUCACCGGCGGCAUCUUCAUCGCGCCCGUCCUCAUCCUCAUCGUCUGCUACGGCUUCAUCUGCUACCGCAUCUGGCGCAACGUCCGGGGCAAGACGCGCCCCGGAGAGGCGGCAGCAGCGGGUGGCGGGCGGCGGGCAGGUGAUGAUGGUGGCCCGCGACGGGGGCUGCUGCUCGCCCCUUGUGUCAGCAACGUCAAAACCAUCUCCCGAGCCAAGAUCCGCACCGUCAAGAUGACCUUCGUCAUCGUCUCGGUGUACGUCGUUUGCUGGGCGCCCUUCUUCACCAUCCAGAUGUGGUCCGUGUGGGACCAGCGCUUCCCCUGGGUCGAUUCUGAAAACACUGCAACUACUGUGACGGCUCUGCUGGCCAGCCUGAACAGUUGCUGUAACCCGUGGAUCUACAUGUUCUUCAGUGGGCACCUCCUCCAAGACUGCCUAGGGAGCUUCCCUUGCUGCCAAAAAAUUAAGCAAACGCUAAGUAAAGAAGAUUCAAACAGCAAUAGCAGGCGACAGACUUCUUUCACCAACAACAGAAGCCCAACCCACAGCCUGAACACAUGGAGAGAGAUGCCCCACUCCAAAUCGACCAGCUUCAUCCCCAUCCCAACGUGAGACAGGCCUCAGGGCAGGCAGGGCUUGCAGUCCCGUCACAGUGCUUGGGAAGGUUGUGGCAUGGCACAUUAUGCCAAUCCAGGGCACCAUCGUGCUACCAUGGAAUGACUAAGAUGCCAUGAGACAAAAAGUGCCCCCUUGCUUGAUAAGCUAUGCUGCAGUAUGUAAAUUAUUUUCUGAAAGUUUUUUAGGAUUUGGGCAACUGAUCAGGAAGGUGUGGCUACAAUAAAGCAGUUAUUUUUUUUAAUAGAAUUUAUUUUAAUUUUUGUCUGUUCCUAAAAUACUAAGUGCAUUGUUUGUUGCUUGCUGUUUAAAACACUCAAAGCAAUGGAGUUGUCAUGUAUUGGGCUAACUCCACUCUCUAGUGUUAAUGCAUAAAACUUCUCAUGAUUGUCUGAUGAGGUCACGGGGAAAGAAGACAAUAUGAGCAAGAUUACAGUUUAGUCUUAAACAUUACCAGAAAGGAGUUGGGAAGAAGUCUUGGCUGUCCAGAUAAGGAAUGGGCUUAGACAGACUCUGAAUUGCUGGAAUUCAGUUGCUCAUGAGGCUUCAUCUUGUAAAGGUCUAGCAGUUCUCAGACACUGAAAUUCAACAGCCCUUGUGAAGGCAAAUCUUUUAGUGCUGUCAAUGUCUGUGUGUGUAUUGUGGGAUUUCAUUUUUAGGGUGACAUUUCUUCUUCCCUUGAUGUUGACGGAAAUUAUUCAGCAUAUCUGUGUGUGCGUGUGUGUUGCUGCACCUAUUAUCAAUUUUUUAAACUAACUUCAAAAAUAUAUUGGUAAAUAAGUAUGAUACGCUAUGACUAGCUCAGCACUGUUACAAACAGUCACACCAAGAAAACUCAUAAUGAAUACCAGAACCACUUGCUUUAUUGGUAGGAAUGCCAUAUUUUCUUUUUGAUUCACUGAGACAUCUAGGAUCAAGCUACCUUGCUAGGUUGUCAAGCAAAUAGCCUCACGAGCUCAGAAGAGUGUAGUCAUUUGGUAAGAGCUGUAGAACCAGUGCAUUUCAAGACACAGAUCUGAGAAUCAAACUUACAAGUCUUCUGGGAGCAUAUAAAAAUUGUCAAUGUUGUCGGCUUGUCUUUUUCUAUUAUUAUUUUUUGUUGGCAGCUCAUGAAAAUAUAGUCUUAAAAAUUGUCAGUAAACUGCAAUACAAAGUCAUCACAACACAUUUGCUGAUUACAAAGCAUUCACGGUGUGCUUGUUCUCAAUACAAUGCAUGCUAAUUGACUGUAGUUCAUUUAUAUGGUGAACAAUCCUAUUACAUCUUUCCUUCGAGCCCGUCUCUUGUACUGAGGUUGGGUUUUGAAGCUCCUUGAGUAAGUUUUGCUGAGUUUUUAAGUCUUGAGGCUCUCUUUCAGAAGUACAGCUCCCUGUCUGCUCUGUUUUCCUGAGCUUGCCGGAUGCUGAAAUCCAGGAGCUCCCCUGGCCCCCUGCAGGACUGCUGACACAGUCCCAGCUGGCUGCUGGAGCACUGGGACACAGCGGGGCUGCACAACGUGCAUGCAAGGAGGAAGCUCAGCACCAGAUUUCUUUCUUUCUCACCGAAACCUAACAAACAAGAUUGCUUUUCUAAUUGCUUGAGGAGAUUGCAUGUGGCUUUCUCUGAGGAUGGCGCCCAUGCCUGCCUCAGUAAUGGUAGCAGAAAUUAAUAGAGUUAGGUGCAGAAUAAGAUCAUCUUAAACCAUUCCAGAAGCUCCCCAUUGAUUAUUUUGGGCAAAGAAUAGGGAAUAUUAUAACUAAAAAAAAUUCUUCUUUUGUCACUAAAGGAAAUCUUGUCCCCAUUCUCUUCUUUCCUUGUGUUUGCUGUUGUUCAGAGCACUAGAAGCCAGAGGACAGUGUGGUGGAAUGGCUUAUAAUUCACAGACUAUCUUUUUGACCACCUUUAAUAUACAAAUGUGACUACAGCUCUCACCAACUCUGGACAAAGGUCUGUGAACCUGAAGCUAUAUUUUAGUUAAAAAAAACCCCAGCAUGCAGUGAUGUUGUGUGUGUGUUUGUGCACAUUAUGUGUACUGUGUAUAUUUUGCAAGUAGGUAAUUCACAGUUACUGAAAUUGCAAGUGUUUCAAAUUAAGUACACUAUCCUUUGCCUAGCCUUCUGUUUGUGCUACUACUUUCUUUGUACAUGAAAUAUGUAUUAAAAACCAAUUAGCUGUACUAAUAGAAUUUGAAUGUUUCCAUAAUUGAAUGGUUUUUCUAUUACACUUUAUAUUCAAACAGAAAAUAGAAUAAAAAAUUGUGUGUAGAAUAUUGUUGAAAAUAAAAAUGAACUGGGUAAUGACUAAUAUAUGUAUUAAACCAAAGAGACCCAAAGUACAAAAUUAGGUUUUUUUCAAAUACAUUACAAAAUCUAGGUUUACACUUGGGGCUUGUCAGCAUUAAUGUCCCCUGUGAGUGUUCUAUACCUUAUGUAAUUAAACUGACAACAAAAUUUGUCAUAUUUGAUUUCCAGACUUUUUUUGUAAAUACUGACUUUUUCCACAUAAUUGUAAUGUUGGAAGAUACAGCCAAUAUUUUUAAAUUGUUCAUCUGUGGAUAUAUUUUUUUAAAAGCUACUUUGGGUUAUCAUCAGGGUGCCCUAAUGGAAAGAGAAGGAAAUAAAAAAUUGUGAAACCAUUGCAAAUUUAAAACAUGGAAACUUGCUCUAAUA